AUGAGCACUCCGGGUUCAAGUUCCAAUCCAUCCGAAGAAGCCCAAUCGAAUACCGUCUCAUCUGGUUCACAAGCUUCUACUCAACCAAAUGUUCGGGCAAAAAAGGAUCCUGCUUGGAGGUAUAUUACUCAACUUGAUAGUGGAGGCGGAAAGAAAGCAUACUUUUGUACUUUUUGUAAAAAUACAUAUAACGGUGGAGGUAUCAAUAGAAUGAAACAACACCUUGCUGGAGUGCCAGGUGCUAUUUCAGCAUGUCCGAGUUGUCCAGGAGAUAUAAAGUUUGUCAUGAAAAGUUCAUUGGAUGAAAAUGCCAAAAAAACAAAAGAGAAACAUGCUGGUGUGCUUAGUGAUACCUUGGGGGUGAAUGUAGAUAACAUGUAUGAUGUUAUUGAUGAUGAUGAUGAUGAUGACGUUCAAGUACUCACCCAACAAUCAACUCAAAAAAAAGAUGGAAAGAGAAAAGCUCCUCAUGCCUCCCAAACCAAAACCGUGCCACCUUUUUUAAAAAGAGGUAUGCAUGAUCCUUCUCAACCAUCGAUUAAGGCAACAUUGCAAAGUAAGGAAAGAUGGCAUGACACGGAUUUAGCUCUUGCUAUGUGGUUUUAUGAUGCUUGUAUACCUAUGAAUGCUGUGAAUUCUCCCCUUUUCCAAAUAGCAAUGAGCAAAGUUGCUAGUAUGGGUCAUGGAUACACGGGGCCUUCAUAUCAUGCUAUGCGUGUCACAUUGUUGAAAGAUGCGAAACAGUCCGUACAACUUAUAGUUGAUUCCUAUAGACGUUACUGGGCAGAAAAUGGUUGUACAAUUAUGGGUGAUGGGUGGCGGGAUACAAGACAAAGACCCCUUAUCAAUUUUAUGGUGUAUUGUGCAAAAGGGAUUUCAUUCAUCAAAUCAGUUGAUGCAUCGGAUAUUGAGAGUAAUGCCCAAACAUUAUGCAACUUGUUUAGUGAGAUUGUUGAUAUUGUUGGUCGUCAGAAUGUUGUUCAUUUAGUCACUGAUAAUGCUGCGAACUAUAAGGCUGCAGGAAGAUUGUUAUGUGAGAAGUAUCCGUCCAUUGUUUGGUCUCCUUGUGCAGCUCACUGUAUGAACUUGAUUAUGAAGGACAUGUCGGAGAUGCGUGAAGUCGCUGAUUUGGUUACACUUGCAUCGAGGGUUACAGUGUUUGUUUAUAACCACAAAUGGCCAUUAAAUUGGUUAAGAAAAAGACCAGGUUGGACAGAAAUUAUUCGUCCGGGUGCCACUCGUUUUGGUACUGCAUUUAUUGCAUUGAAAAGUUUGUGUGAUCACAAACAUGAUUUACAAGCUAUGGUUACCUCCCCGGAUUUUAAAAAAGUGAUUAGAUUAGAAAAAGCAAAAGAAGUUAAGCUUAUCAUAUUGAAUGAAAGCUUUUGGAAUAAUUGUGCUAUAAUAGUAAAGGUCAUGACUCCAAUGUUGAGACUUUUACGGAUUUGUGAUUCGGAUGAGAAGCCGGCUUUAGGUUAUGUAUACGAAGGGAUGUAUAGGGCAAAAAAAGGAAUUAAGAAACUUUUUCGUAACAACAGAGAGUUGUACACCCCGUUUACUAACAUCAUCAAAAAUCGGUGGGAUAGGAUGUUGCGUAAGAGUCUUCAUGCUGCUGCUUAUUGGUUGAAUCCAGUAUUUCAAUAUGAUCAGGAAAAUUUUUCUAAGAAACCAGAGGUGGUUGGGGGGAUAAUGGAUAUGAUUGAGCGUUAUAGCAGUGCUGGUACCGUGGAUGGUCUAACUCUCAUGGACCAACUAAAGUUGUUUCGUGAGCAUGAGGGUAGUUUUGGUAGAAAACUUGCUUUCGCUUCUCGCAAUACUACUCGUCCCGAUGAAUGGUGGAAAUUACAUGGUGGAGAUGCUCCGGAAUUGCAAAAAUUUGCAAUUCGAAUUUUAAGCCAAACUGCUUCUUCUUCCGGGUGUGAAAGGAAUUGGAGUGUCUUUGAGAGGAUCCACACUAAAAGAAGGAAUCGAUUGGAGCAUCAAAGACUUAAUGACCUUGUUUAUGUUCAUUAUAAUUUGCGUCUACAAAAUAGGCUCAAGGAUUACAAAAAGUCUUAUGAUCCGAUUGAUUAUGAAAGUAUUGAUAAAAUCGAGUUUUGGGUGGUUGAUGAAAUACCGGAGGGUGAACUAAAUUAUAAUGAAUUGGAAAAUAUGGUUGAAGAAGAACCACCAAACUACGAUGAAUCAAUGAUGUUUGAAUCUCAAGUUUCUCAAGAUGAUGAAGAAGAUGAUGAUGGAGCCGCGUUAGAAGAAAUUGACAUUGAUUCAUUUAGAUGA